AUGGAUUCUGGAUCAACUUCACACAUGUCAAGAAGUAUGGAAGGAAUGAAGAUUAUGGAGAAGAUUGAAUCUAAUGUGGGACUUGCAAAAUCAAAUGAAUCAAUGAAAGCAAAGGCAACAAGAAAUUUGACUACUAAUCUACUUUCUGUAAAUGCCAUAACUAACAAUGGAGGAACAGUUACAUUUACAAAUAAACAGAUCAAAAAAGAAUAUUUGAUAGAGUUGAGAGCAAGUUCGUCUACUCCAGCCGCCCGCGCCGCCGCCGCUCCAGCCAUCGUCGACGCUGUAGCUGCCGCCGCCGUUCCAGCCGCUGCUCCAGUCGCUGAUCCAGCCGACGAUCUAGCCGCCGCUCCAGCCGCUGCUCUAAACGAUGCUAGAAGACCAAAUAAUUAUUAUCCAAAUAGAUCGGAAGAAUUUGAAUUGAUGUCUUUAUAUGAAUUUGCACAGUGGUAUGAUAUUACAAAAAUCAAACCACGAAGUAAAAAUAUUGAAUACUACGAGCUGAAUAAUGAUCAAAAAAGAAUAUUUGAUAGAAUUGAGAGCAAGUUCGUCUACUCCAGCCGCCCGCGCCGCGCCGCUCCAGCCAUCGUCGACGCUGUAGCUGCCGCCGCCGCUCCAGCCGCUGACGUCGCCGCUCCAGCUGCUGAUGCCGCUGCUUCAGUCGCCGAUCCAGCCGACGAUCUAGCCGCCGCUCUAGCCGUUGCUCUAAACGAUGCUAGAAGACCAACUCCCGGAUUAGAAUCCGCCUAUCUCCGGAGAGAACUCGUUCUGUAUGCGUUAAAGACUCAAUAA